UUCCGUGAGGCAUUGAAUGCCUCGUACCAUCUGUGAUUUAUUGUAACCCUUGAGUGGCUCUUGAGAAUUCAGAUAAUUAGUUCAGUCCAAGAGGCAGAGAGGCAGAGGCAGAGGCAGAGGCAGAGAGGCAGAGAAAAAUGGGAUCGGUAUCAAUACCGGAGGCGAAACUAAACUCCGGUCACGCCAUACCCGUCGUCGGCAUGGGGACGGCGUCGUACCCGAUAGCGACGCCGGAGACCUUCCGCACGGCAAUACUGGAGGCCAUCGCCCUCGGAUAUCGCCACUUUGACACCGCCUCUUUCUACGGCACGGAGCAACGCCUGGGCGAGGCUGUGGCCGAGGCCAUCCAUCGAGGCCUCGUCAAGCGCGACGAUCUCUUCAUCACCUCCAAGCUCUGGUGCACUGACGCCCACGCCGACCGCGUCCUCCCCGCUCUUCGCCAGUCCCUUCGCAGAACUCUGCGACUCGAAUACAUCGAUCUUUACCUGGUGCACUGGCCUUUAAGCAUGAAACCGAAAGACUCCAAAUUCCCCGUCGACAAGGAAGACUUUCUCCCCAUCGAUCUCAAGGCAGUUUGGGCGGCGAUGGAGGAGUGCCAGAGGACGGGUCUCACCAAAUCCAUUGGAGUCAGCAACUUCUCUUGCAACAAACUGGAGCAACUCCUCUCCACGGCUUCAAUUCCCCCUGCUGUGAACCAGGUAGAAAUGCAUCCUGUUUGGCAACAGAGGAAGCUGGUGCCGUUUUGCAAGGAGAAAGGGAUCAUGAUCUGUGCCUAUUCUCCGCUGGGAUCCAACGGAACUCCAUGGGGUUCCAACAAGGUCAUGGAAUGUGAUGUGCUGAAAGAGAUAGCGCUCGACAAUGGCAAAUCCUUAGCUCAGAUCUCAUUGAGGUGGUUGUUUCAGCAAGGCGUGGGCAUCAUCGUUAAAAGCUUCAGUAAGGAGAGAAUGGCAGAGAACAUGGACCUAUUUCGGUGGAAACUGAGGGACGAAGAUUUGCUGAAGAUUAGCACAAUACCGCAAUCGAGAGGACUUACUGGAGAUAACUUUGUGUCCGUUAAUGGCCCUUAUAAGUCGAUCGAGGAACUGUGGGAUGGAGAUGUUUGAUCGUCCUGAGUUGCUUUAGCUUCACAAUAUGCCUGGUUGUUUCUAUCAAUUGACGAUGUGGUUUUUUAAACCUUAACUGCACUUGUUACUGGCAAUCUAUCAUGUAGUUCUUCACUUUGGGUGUUUUACUAAAACAGUAGAAUAAAAUGUUGGAUCAUUAUUGAUGUACUCA